GUUGCUCCGCGCGCUUCCACCAGGGGCCGCUCUAGCUACCCAAGCUUCCUGCACCUACCUGGCGGCGCCCCCGCGCGUGCUCACUAGGAGCAGCGCGCGCCCCGGAAUCGCCGGAGCCGCCUUCGCCUUAGGCCUCCGCUCCCCAAGCAACUGCCCAAACUAAGCCUCGGUGGCUGGAUACGGGAGCGCUCUGGGGACAAAUCUCCUCCUCCCUCCAUUGUGGUCUGCAUUCCUCCGGCCCCUGAGCAACUCUUGGGCGGGAAGUAUUAGCGUCUCUGUUGCGCUGCAGCGGGGGAGGAAGGAGGAGGCCGAUCCCAGGGCGGACUCGGGGUAGACCGAGAGAGACGCCGGCGCUGCCUGGAUGUUGCGAUGGCUGAUCGGGGGAGGCCGAGAACCGCAGGGACUGGCCGAGAAAUCUCCUUUACAGACAAUAGGUGAAGAACAAACCCAGAACCCCUACACUGAGUUGCUUGUACUGAAAGCUCACCAUGAUAUUGUACGGUUUCUGGUACAGUUAGAUGGCUACAGAUUUGCAUCUGCUGGUGAUGAUGGAAUUAUAGUUGUGUGGAAUGCCCAGACAGGUGAAAAACUUCUAGAACUGAAUGGACACACUCAAAAGAUAACAGCUAUUAUUUCAUUUCCUUCCUUGGAAUCUUGUGAAGAAAAGCAACUCAUCUUGACAGCCUCUGCUGAUAGAACAGUUAUUGUGUGGGACAGUGAUAACGGGAGACAAGUUCAGAGAAUAUCUUGUUUCCAGUCUACUGUAAAGUGUUUGACUGUUCUUCAGAGAGUAGAUGUUUGGCUUUCUGGUGGGAAUGACCUGUGUGUGUGGAACCGAAAAUUAGAUCUCCUGUGUAAGACUAGCCACCUUUCUGAUACAGGUAUUAGUGCAUUGGUUGAAAUACCUAAGAACUGUGUUGUGGCAGCAGUUGGCAAAGAACUGAUAAUUUUUAGGUUGGUAGCACCCACAGAAGGAUCACUAGAAUGGGAUAUUCUUGAAGUUAAGCGCCUCCUUGAUCACCAGGACAAUAUUCUCUCAUUGAUUAAUGUCAAUGAUUUGAGUUUUGUCACUGGCUCCCACAUUGGAGAGCUGAUCAUCUGGGAUGCCCUGGACUGGACCGUGCAGGCCUACGAACGCAACUUCUGGGAUCCAUCUCCACAACUGGACACCCAACAGGAAAUAAAACUCUGUCAGAAAUCAAAUGACAUUUCUAUUCAUCAUUUCACAUGUGACGAAGAGAAUGUAUUUGCUGCAGUUGGAAGGGGUUUAUACGUGUAUAACCUUCAAAUGAAGCGUGUGAUUGCCUGCCAGAAAACUGCACAUGACUCCAAUGUCCUGCACAUUGCCAAACUUCCAAACAGGCAGUUAAUCUCAUGCUCAGAAGAUGGCAGUGUACGCAUUUGGGAGUUACGAGAAAAACAGCAGCUUGCAGCUGAGCCUGUACCAACAGGUUUUUUUAACAUGUGGGGAUUCGGAAGAGUCAACAAACAAGCCAGCCAACCUGUUAAAAAGCAGCAAGAAAAUGCUACUUCAUGUUCACUGGAGCUUAUUGGAGAUUUGAUUGGACACUCAUCAUCUGUGGAGGUGUUUCUAUACUUUGAAGAUCAUGGACUGGUGACAUGCUCUGCUGAUCAUCUCAUUAUUUUGUGGAAAGAUGGAGAGCGAGAAUCUGGAUUGCGCAGUUUAAGAUUAUUUCAAAAAUUAGAGGAGAAUGGUGACUUAUACCUUGCUCUCUAAGGAAUUAAAAGUACACAUGCAUGAACCUUGUACAUCAAAUAUAGGUACUACUCUGAAAACCAUUAACAUAUUUAUCAUUUAAAUUUGUAAAUUUUGUCCAUAAAAUUCUACGUUUAACUUUUUUGAGGACCUACCAACCAGGAACAUGUUGCUUCUCAGGUCCUAGUACAUCCUCCAAAGAAUAUGCCACAAGUUUUCCAUCUGACUUUGAUCUGCUGUUGAAGUGGUGAGUGCUGUGUUUUGAGCUUAUUUUGAACCUAGACCCUUGUGAAAGGUACAAAUAGAGGUAACAGUAUAGUUGUGGCAUUUAUUAAAAGUUUUAUUAUUUGGGUUCCUUUA